AUAGUUACAGCCAACGUGUACCCAUCAUGCAUCAUUCCAUCAUGGCAGCGCAGAGCGACGUGGACGAACUCUUCGAGAUUCGCAAUGCUUUCUACUUGGGAAACUUUCAACAUUGCAUUAGUGAGGCACACAAACUGAAGCCGUCAACGUCAGAUCUGAAGCUGAUGCGAGAUGUCUUUAUGUACAGAGCCUAUAUUGCUGGGCGUAACUAUGGGGUUGUGUUGGAUGAGGUGAGAUCUUCUUCAGCUCCAGAGCUGCAAGCCGUCAAGAUGUUUGCUGAUUACAUGGCCUCACCAAACAAGAGAGAGAAGAUUGUUGGUGAUCUUGACAAGAAGAUGAGUUCCAGUGUGGACAUUGACAAUGAUACCUUUCUUCUGAUGGCUGCAUCUAUAUACUAUCAUGAAGAGAACUUUGACGCUGCCCUGAGGUGUCUCCACCAGUCAGAAUCUCUUGAAUGCCUGGCCCUGACCAUCCAGACCUGCCUGAGGAUAGACAGAGUAGACCUGGCCAAGAAGGAGCUCAAGAAGAUGCAGGAGAAGGAUGAUGAUGCUACACUGACGCAGAUGGCUCAGGCCUGGUUCAAUCUGGCCGUGGGAGGUGAGAAGCUUCAAGAUGCCUUCUACAUCUUCCAAGAGCUCGCUGAUAAGAAUGCAAGCACACCCCUGCUACUGAAUGGCCAGGCAUCAGCGUAUCUACAACAAGGCAAGAUUGAGGAUGCUGAGAGUAUACUCCAAGAAGCGCUAGAAAAGGAAAGCAACAAUCCAGAAACUCUCAUCAAUAUGAUUGUACUAUCCCAGCUUCUUGGCAAGGCACCAGAGGUCAGCAACAGAUACAUCUCUCAACUGAAAGACUCCCAUGCAAGCCACCCAUUCCUUAAGGAUUACUUAGCCAAGGAAGCAGAGUUGGAUCGCUUAGCAAAGCAGUAUGUCUCAGCAUCUGCAUGAGGCGGGGAGCCAGACCGCAACCAAUUCACAAACAAUCACCAUCUUCAAACCUGGUUUACGUGUGUGGUAACUGAUUACCAGCCUUUACGAUAAAGUAUUUGAAUUGCAUUGUGCAUAAUAAAGAGGACAAGCUGGGAGAUUUUUUUUCAUUUCAUCUUACUCUAUACAGUUUAAAAUGUUUAAUUUCUUGUUUCCAUGGAAAGGAACAGAAGCAAAAUAAAUUUGUUGCACAGCUAAAUCAGUGAAUUCCUCAUUGUCCUCCAAAAACACACAGAGCUAUUAGUUUGGUGUAAUUGCAAUUUUCUCUAUAUUUCUAAAUCAUGAGGGACAGUAUUGCAACCUUGCAAAUGUGAUUCAUGGAAUGAAAAAAUCACACAAUUUAAUAUCUCCACAUUUUGAAAUUGAAUUACAUUGGGAAAAAAUUUGCUUUGCCUCUGAUAGAGCAUGGUGUUUUUUUCCCAUAAUAUCUCCCCUCUGUGCUUGAGACGUAAAGGACAAGGAGGUUUUCUUACCUCGUUUUACAAGAAAUCCCGGGAUCCAGACACAGCUUUGAUAUUAUCUCUUGUCUCCAGAGGAAAAAAGCGAGUCGUCUUCAGCCUUCAGACCAUAACAGAAAGGAUACUUAUCCUCUGUUUUUAAUCCCUGUACAUUCAUGUGACCCGUUUUUUUCCCCUUCUCUCUGCUGGAUUUCUGAUAGAUAAACACCUUUUAGCUCUGGGGAAUCUCUGAUCUCGGAGAGGUCAGAGUUUGAUUUGUAGAAGUAAAACCCUCUAAUAAUAUUCUAGUUGUGUCAGCUUGUCUGGUUAUAUAUUAUUAACAACUGUACAAGGCCGUGACAAUUUGUUAACAUGUAUAUAAGAGAAGGACCUGUUGUUUGGCCGAUUUUAGAAUAACAACUUGGCCACAAGAUGCUAUAUUCUUUGAUGAAUUGCUGGUUUACACGGAUAUUUCUGCCAGGUUGGCCUAUGUAUAGAUUCGAUUUUCCUGUUGAAUUUGGAUUAUCUUACUGUUAAAUAAUGUUUUAGGGGGGUUGGAACUUAAAUGGUACAUAUCCUCUGUCAGAGUUUAAGAUGCCAAGUUAAACUUAAGCUCUUAUUUUAGUUGACAAGUGGUUUUAUUUGUUGGUUUUUUUUACAAUGGUGCAGAAACGUCGGUGUUAUGGGUCUUCUUCACUGUACUUUGUUUUAGAAACAGCAAUUCCCAAAUUGGUUGAAAGUUCCACAAGACGAACCGAUUGGAAAGUGUCACGGGGCCAAUUUCAGGAAGCUUCUUAUCAUAGAAGUGAUGCUAAGAGCAUACAUUAAACAAUAUUACUCAGUAUAAUUUACUUUUGAGCAUCUCCGGUUCCAUAAAAUUAAACUCUGUUGGAAAAACGUGGACAACACUUUUCUUGUACAAAUGUAGGGACUGUGUACCUGUCAGCUUUAGGCUGUAAUUGUUUUACAUCCCUGUCUUUGUGUAACAUGAAAAUAAAGCACGUACACUGUAAUGGAA